GAUGACCAUAGACUGCAUUUCGUUGCGUCCCAUGGAAAGCGACGGCUUCCAAGUCGUCACUGAAGUCGUCACCCACAAACUUAACCAUAUCCCCAUAUUCAAGGGUGAUUUCGCUUCUUUGGCCCCGAAGGUGCAGCGCUUUGUGGCCGAAAAAGCCGAACUGAUGAAUCCUGCCGGUAUCUACAUCUGCGAUGGAUCUCAGAAGGAAUACGACGAUAUCGUCGAUAAGCUUGUCGAGAGAGGAGUGUUGACACCUCUCAAGGCUUACGAAAACAACUAUCUUUGCCGUACUGAUCCCCGAGAUGUUGCUCGAGUCGAAUCAAAGACAUGGAUGGUCACCAAGGAUAAAUAUGACUCUGUCUGUCACACCCCUGAAGGUGUCCGACCGAUUAUGGGACAGUGGAUGAGCGAAGAACAAUUCGGCAAAGAACUUGACGCCAGAUUCCCUGGAUGCAUGGCUGGACGUCCCAUGUACGUUGUCCCGUACUCAAUGGGACCAAUUGGUGGACCCUUGUCGAAAAUUGGAAUCGAACUGACUGACUCAAGCUAUGUAGUCCUGUGCAUGAAGAUCAUGACCCGUAUGGGCUCAAAAGUCUUGGAAGCACUUGGUGACGGCGAUUUCGUCCGUUGCGUCCACUCCGUCGGUCUUCCGCGUCCAGUCAAGCAAAAAGUCAUUAACCACUGGCCUUGCAAUCCCGACAAAGUAAUGAUUGCUCACCGACCUGUGGAAAGGGAAAUCUGGUCGUUUGGAUCUGGUUAUGGUGGAAACUCUCUUCUGGGAAAGAAAUGCUUUGCACUUCGAAUCGCUUGCAACAUCGGAUACGACGAGGGAUGGAUGGCUGAGCACAUGCUGAUCAUGGGUAUCACGAAUCCAGAAGGCAAAGAACGAUUCGUUGCUGCAGCUUUCCCAUCUGCAUGUGGUAAGACCAACUUGGCAAUGUUGACGCCUACCGUACCUGGCUGGAAAGUUCGUGUAGUAGGAGACGAUAUUGCCUGGAUGAAGUUCGGUGAUGAUGGACGCCUGUAUGCUAUCAACCCCGAAGCUGGCACAUCCAACAAGACCAACCCAAUGGCUAUGGCAUCAUUCCAGAAGAACUCGAUCUUCACCAACGUUGCCGAGACCGCUGAUGGAGAAUACUUCUGGGAAGGAUUGGAGAAAGAACUAAGAGAGAAGAAAAACCUCACUGAGGAACAACUGCGCCAUCUCGAAAUCACCAACUGGCUCGGAGAAAAGUGGCACAUCGGAGAUGAGGGUAAGGCCGCUCACCCGAACUCACGUUUCACGGCGCCAGCUGGCCAAUGCCCAAUCAUUCAUCCAGACUGGGAAGCCCCUCAAGGAGUACCAAUCGAUGCCAUCAUUUUCGGAGGACGUCGUCCCGAAGGAGUACCCCUUGUAUUCGAAAGCUUCUCAUGGGAACAUGGAAUUCUCGUUGGAGCGCUUGUAAUGCACGAUCCUAUGGCCAUGCGUCCAUUCAUGGGUUACAAUUUCGGAAGGUACCUCCAGCACUGGAUCAACCUUGGCAAGCCACCACACAAGGUCCCGAAAAUCUUCCACGUCAACUGGUUCCGUGAGACUAAGGAUCACAAAUUCUUGUGGCCCGGAUUCGGUGACAAUAUCCGCGUCCUAGAUUGGAUUCUCAGAAGAGUGGAAGGAGUUGACGACAUUGCGGAGGAAACCCCAAUCGGAUAUAUUCCCAAACGAGGCAGCCUCAAUCUUGAAGGAAUCCCACGUGUUGACUGGAAUGAGCUGAUGUCCAUUCCCAAACAAUACUGGGAAGAGGAUAUUGACGAGAGCAGACACUUCCUUGACGCUCAGGUCGGACCAGAUCUUCCAAAACUUAUCUCGGAUCAAUUGGACGCCCUCGAGAAGAGAAUUCAUGCAAUGUGA